AUGCGAUUCUUCUGCCUGCUCCUCUUGGCCUGCCUGUUGGCCCUGGCCAACAAUGUGACCUCCUCAUCGACUUCUUCUACCUCGCCCAGCUCCUCAUCGACUUCUUCAACAUCGCCCAGUUCCUCCUCGACCUCGACCUCGCCCAGCUCCAGCACUAGCUCCACUUCACCCUCUACCUCUUCAACCUCAACGCCCAGCUCCUCCUCUUCAUCCACUUCUCCCACUACCACUUCUCCCACGGCGGCACCUGCCACCAGCACGGCCACCACAGCGCCUUCUUCGUCCUCUUCGUCGUCCUCGUCCUCCUCCAGCAAGAAGAGCAAGCGGCGCGAGAGACAGAGGCGUGAGAGGAGAAGGGAGCGCAGGAUCAGGAACAGGGAGAGAAGGAACAGGAGCAACAGGCGUAACCGUCGCAGCGGCUAA